AUGCAGGCAGGUCCUCUGAUCCCGCUCUCCCCAAGCUUCAGCACCUAUUCCGAUCCCAAUCUCGCCGGAAUCGCCGCCCGCGUCGUCGGAGAAUUGGAUUCCGGCGAGUUACACGACGACUAUUACUCCAAUAAACGAGAUAAUCCAGCACAUGCCGAUCAACAAGGCGAAGAUAUUUCAGAUAACUGCAAUGCCGACACGGACUCCGGCGAUCCCGAGGAGUAUAUCGAUUUCGAUUUCGCGUUCGUGAACAGGGAAUCGGAGCCGUCGUCUCCGAUUCCGGCCGACGAGAUCUUCCAAAACGGUAAGAUCCGACCCGUUUACCCUGUUUUCGACACAGAUCUGUUAAUCCGACGACAGGGGAAAUCACGGAGCGAAGCGGAAAUUGGUGAUGGCGACCGGAAUUCGGGUUCGGGUUCGGGCCGGUAUAGGGUUCGGCAUCCGCUUAGGGAUCUGUUCAUCGAGGAAAGGGGGACGACGAUUCGGACGGCGUCCUCGAGCUCCUCGUCAUCUGAGGCCGACGAGCCGACAGCGACCGAUUCAUAUUGCGAUUGGCAGCCGGGGGCAGCAGCGGAGGGCGGUCUGGGUAAGAAAAGCGUCUCCGCCGGCGGGAAUUCGAAGCGGUGGAGGUUCAAGGUGAAGGAUCUCGUGAGGAGGAGCCAGAGCGACGGGAGCAAGAGCAGUAUCGUCGUUUUGACUGACGAAACGAAAGCGGUUAGAGAAACGCCGGCGGGUGGCGGUGAAGUGAUUCCGGCGCCUCGGCCGCCGUACAAUCGGGACGCCGGCGAGAAGCGGCGGUCGUACCUGCCGUACAGGCAGGAUUUAGUGGGGUUUUUCGGUAACGUGAAUGGGCUGAGAAAGAAUUUAAAGCGUUCUUGA